UCUCUAACCUGGCUGGUGUGGGCAGGAGGGCAGGGCUGGGGUCCCCAAGCACACCCCUUGAUCCUGGUCCCUCCUCCCUCAUCUGCUUGGUGGGUGCUGGAGACACUGUCACUGCCUCAUCCUCAGCUCUCUUUCCCUCCAUCAGGGAGGAUCACAGAGAUAAAAAACGCAUCCAUCUAAUGGCCAUAUCUCCCUCAGCUGUCUCCCUCCUGGGGUCCCCAAGAAACUAUGAACCCGGUGUCUCUGUCCCUUUGGGUUGGGGGUGGGGUGCAAGUGCUGUGAUCCUCCAUGAACCACCAGUCACCUGAGUGUCACCACCAGUUGUAAAGAUAUAAUUCAAGAACUAAUUAUUCUUGAAAUUGAUCAAGAUAGGAAAGGUUCACAGGCCCUCAGUUCUCUCUCUCUCUCUCUCUCUCUCUCUCUCUCUCUCUCUCUCUCUCUGUCUGUCUGUCUGUCUUUCUCUCUCCCUCAGCACUUGGCCCAAUAAAACUUUCAGCAGUGAUGGAAGAUUCUAUGUCUAGACUGUUCUGUCAUGAUGGGGAUGUGGCUAGUGCGACUGAGAAGCUGAACUUUGAAUCCGAUGUUGUUUUAAUAAAUGGAAGUGGUCACAAGAUGGUCACAGCGCAGUCCCAUAUCAUGCCCCUUCUGAGUCCCAGUACAUUCCUUCUAUCUAGAGAGAAGACCUCGGGACCUGGGAGACAGCAGCACCACAGCCCAGGAGAAGCCAUGGCCUCAGCCACAGCCACCAAGAGGAUGAGGGAGGAAGCCACCUGCUCCAUCUGCCUGAGCCUGAUGACUGAGCCGCAGAUCAUCAGCUGUGGACACAGCUUCUGCCAGUGGUGCAUAGAGGACUUCCUGGACAACCAGCAGCCAAAUCUGCGCCAGCACCCCUGUCCCCAGUGCCGGGCUCCAUUCAACAGGACAAGUCUGCGGCCCAACAAGCAGCUGGGGAGCCUCAUUGAGGUCAUAAAGGAGCUGGACCAGGAGAUGACGUGCAAGGAGCACGGGGAGAAGCUCCACCUGUUCGACAAGGACAACGGCCAGCUCAUCUGCUGGCGCUGUGCGUGGUCUCCACAGAACAGGUGGUGCACCUCCGCACUGGUGGAGGACGUGUGCCCGGGCUAUAAGGAACUGCUCCAGGAAGCUGUGACAAAUUUGAGAGACAUGGAAAAGGAGUGUAGGAAUCAAAAAGAGUACAUGACAAAGCAAAUAACCGAAUGGAAUAGGAAGGUGAACCUUCAGAGACAGAAAAUCCAGGAUGACUUCAAAAAUUUGCACAGCUUCCUGCAGCAGGAGGAGAAGUCUUUCCUGUGGAGACUGGAGAAGGAGAACGAGCAGACUCUGAAGCCUCUGAGGGACAGCGAGGCCAGUCUGGAGUGCAAGAGGCGUGAACUUGAGAGUCACAUCCAGCACCUGGAGGACAGGUGUCAAGGCUCAGCCCAGAAGCUGCUGCAGGACGUGAAGGGCGCUUUGAGCAGGAGCUCGGCUGUGAAACUGGAGAACCCAGAGGCACUGUCAUUGGAGAUUCAGACUGUCUGUGAUGUUUCUGAGCUUUACUUUGAUGUGAGGCAGCUGUUGAGGGGCUAUCAAGUCGAUGUGACUCUGGAUCCAGAGACAGCUCACCGUAAACUAAUCCUGUCUGAGGAUCAGAGACAAGUCACUAAGGGAAGACCCCAGUGUGAUGUGCACGAUUCUCCCAGGAGAUUUACCGCCUACCCCUGUGUCCUGGGCCACGAGGGCUUCGCGUCGGGACGACAUUACUUUGAAGUGUAUGUGGGAAAAGAGACUCAAUGGGGUCUAGGAGUUUGUAUGGAAAACGUGCAGAGGGACACUCGCACGAAGCUGAAGCCCCAGUCUGGGUUCUGGGCCAUCAGUUUGAGCACCAAGGCCAGCUACACAGCGCUGAAAUAUCCCCCAACUUUCCUUCACCUGUGGGAGCAGCCCCUGCUUGUGGGGGUUUUCCUGGACUAUGAGGCAGGAGCCGUCUCCUUCUACAACAUGACCACACCCUCCCACAUCUUCACGUUUCCCAGGGCCUCCUUCUCGGGGACGCUGCGGCCCUAUUUCCAUGUUUAUCCCUCUUCUCAUCUGUCCCUGCCUCCCCCCGAGAUGAGUAAAAAAAGGUCACAAAAUCACUAAACAUUAUGAUAGUUUCUGGUUGAUAUAAAACGCUAUUUUCAUCGA